AUGGGAGAAGCCCGCGCCGAGGGGCGGCAGAGGUCCCCAGAGCCCCUGCGCUGCGGGGGCAGAGCGGAGAUGGGCGCCCCGAAGGGGCUGGAUGAGCUCGGAGCUGACGGAGCCUCUCUACCCCUCCAGCUCAGCCCCCCAGCCCCGCAUUCUCUCCCUUGCUGGAGGCUCAGAACUUACUCUCCUGGGUGCCAAAGGCCUCUCCCCUUCCUCCCGCAGGACACAGACAACUCCGGUGCCACUAUCCUACAUCUUGCAGCGCGAUUCGGUCACCACGAGGUGAUCGAGUGGCUCCUCCGCUUCGGAGGCAGUGACCCCACGGCAGCCACAGACACGGGAGCGCUGCCGGUCCACUACGCUGCGGCCAAAGGGGAUUUCCCUUCCCUGCGACUUCUCUUAGGACACUGCCCAAGCACGCUCAGUGCCCAGACCAAGACCGGUGCCACCCCUCUGUACCUCGCCUGCCAGGAGGGCCACCUCGAGAUCAUCCAGUACUUGGUGAAGGACUGCGGGGCCGACCCCCAUGUGCGCGCCAACGACGGCAUGACCCCACUGCAUGCUGCGGCCCAGAUGGGCCACAACACCGUCAUCGUCUGGCUGAUGAGCUUCACGACGGUGAGCCUGUCGGAGCGGGACGACGACGGGGCCACGGCCAUGCACUUUGCUGCCAGCCGCGGCCACGCCAAGGUGCUGAGCUGGCUGCUGCUGCACGGUGGUGAGAUCACGGCGGACAGCUGGGGUGGCACACCGCUGCACGACGCUGCUGAGAAUGGCGAGCUGGAGUGCUGCCAGAUCCUGGUGGUGAACGGCGCUGACCUCAGCAUCCGCGACCAGGAUGGCUACACGGCAGCUGACCUCGCCGACUACAACGGCCACAUCCACUGCGCCAAGUACCUGCGCACUGUGGAGAACAUGAGCGUGGAGCACCGUGUGCUGUCGCGAGACCCCUCUGCAGAUGGGGAGUGCCGCCAGCCUGACUCGGGCAUGUCGUCGCCCAACACCACAGCAUCGGUGCCCCAGGCGCGCUUCGAGGUUGGCUCCCCUGCCAGCACCCUGUCCAACUACGACUCCUGCAACUCCAGCCAGUCCAGCACUGGGGAGAAGAGGGGUGGCCCCCACGCGGCCCCCGCAGCCCGGGUCCCCGAGCCGGCGCUCACGGACAUGCAGGCUUACAUGGACAUGCUGAACCCUGAGACCCGCCGGCUCCUGGGGGCCGGGGGGCUCAGCGGCGCUGGAUGGCAUUGCGAGCGCCCGGCUGCGCCCGCGGCACCAGCAGGCGUCUGGGCCCCGGCAGGGCACGGCCGAGCAGGCGAGCACGGGGUGGCGGGGAAGGGGCUCUGCCUUGGCGCGGCACCAUGGGCCGUUAGGGACGCACGCAUGGCUGGCACGGACGGCACCAAGUCGUUCAACAUGAUGUCCCCCACUGGUGACAACUCGGAGCUCCUGGCUGAAAUCAAGGCUGGGAAGAGCCUGAAGCCGACACCGCAGAGCAAAGGCUUCACCACCGUCUUCUCCGGCAGUGGCCAAGCAGGGGCCAACGCUGACUCGCCAGCAUCCUCUCCAUCACCCACCAGGACCCCCACCCCACCAGCCACCCCUGAGGCCGGGGGGCCACCACGCUGCAUGGCAGGGGGCUCUCCAGAGCCAGUGCUUAAUGGGAGCUCGCCAGUGCCAGGGCCGGGGGCCGUGGCCCCCCCAGACGUGGAGGCUCUGGUGCCAAGCCAUGACGAGCAGGGCCGGCCCAUCCCCGAGUGGAAGCGGCAGGUGAUGGUGCGCAAGCUGCAGCUUCGCAUGCAGGAGGAAGAGGAGCAGCGGCGCAAGCUGGAGCCCGGGAGCGUCUCACCCCCCCCGUGCUGGCGCUACUCCGCUGCCCACGGGGGCAUGCUGGGACCCUUUGGGCAGCUCAUGACGGAGGAGGACAUUCUCCGCAUUGAGAGGCAAAUCGAAAACCUACAGGUGAUGCAUAAGGUUCAGACAGUGGAGACAGAGCUGGAGCAGCUGGAGGAGGAGCUGCAGCAGCUCCUGCCGCUCUCAGCCGCCCUGGCCCCCGAGCGCUUCUCCCUCAACCCCCGGCGCCUGCAGGGCCGUGCCGAGGACCUGCCCGCCUGGUGCAGCAAGACCUCUGCGCUGCUGAGGAGCAUGGCCAUGUUGCUGGCUGCCCUGGGGGGCCGCGAGAGCCCUGGGGCAGGGGGAGCAGCGAGCAGCGCCGUGCCGCAGAGGUCCCCGCCUGCUGCUGCCAGCACCCAGCAGGAUGCCCGGCAUGAGAUCCUGCGCUGCGGUGUCUCGGUGCGCAGCCUGAAGGCCAACUACGAGGGGCUGGCGGGAGCCUGUGUGCCCCAUGCCAGGGUCACCAAGAGGAAGCGGUCGCUGCCCCCGGGCACACUGGUGGAUGGCUGCACCCGUGAGCCCGUCCUGGAGGAGGACUAUGGGGAUGAGGAUGUGGAUGGCAUGCCGCGACGGAGCCGCCCGGUACAAACAGAGCUGAGCUGCCUGCAGGAACGCAUCGAUGCGCACAAGGAGCGCGCCGUCUCCCUCUUCCUGGAGCACUGGAAGAAAUGGGCGCUGGCGGAGGCACCAGGCUCACACACCCAUGGAGACGAGCGGCUGCGGCGGCUCUGGAAGCAGCGGCAAGCGGUGGCGAGGCUGCUGGCGCGCUGGAGGAGUGUGGCCCACCGUGUGCCAGGGCGGCAGAUCCGGCGGCUGAGCCGUGCCGACGUGCUUUACUGGCCCGAGCACUUCUUGCCCCACGUGCGAGGCUCGCCCAUGCCCUACGACAGCCUCUCACUGGACCUCUUCAUGCUGGGCUACUUCCAGCUGCUGGAGAUGAACCUCAGCCCCGAGGAGCGGCGCUUCCGGCACUUGCUGUGCUAUGAGAUGUUUGACCGCCUGAGCACCCACAGCUGGGAGUGCAUCCGACGCUUCCACCGCGUCGCGCUGGAGCAGGUUGAGGCUGGACUCCGCUGCUGGCUCGAUGGCUUCGAGGACCUCAAGCAGGAGUUCUUUGGGGACAGCCCCACCAGCACCACCAGCACGGAGGCAGCAGAGGGAUCGAGCCCCAUGCCCCCCUGUCCGGCAGCCACAGCCCGGGGCACGCAGGAGCCAGCCCAGCUGGUCUCAGAGCUGGGGGAGUUCAGUGAUGAGGACAUCUGCCGCUACAUCGACCGCAGCUUCUCCUUCUGGAAGGAGAAGGAGGCAGAGAUGUUUGAUAUCUGAGCCUAGCGGGGUGCUGCGGCAGCAGGGCCAUGGUGGAGGUGUGGGGCUGCCGAGUGCAGAGCUGGGCAUGCAGCUGGGUGCAGGCAGCAGCGAGACUGGUGCAUGGCACGGCUCAGCCGCCCUGCUGCUCUCGUGGCGGAGGGGCUGCAGGUCGGCUCUGUGGACCGCCGGGUUUGGCUUUGUGCCAUGAUGUCCCAGGUGCCCGGACCCCUCGAGGGUCCCGUGGCUGGCUGUGUGUUGAGGUUGCUGUGUGCCGCUUGCUGUGGCAGUGUGUUGUGCUCGGGGCCCUGCUCCCCUUUGGUGUGGUGUUUGCAGUGCCGGGGCAGUGUGGGCCCCCACGUGUCUGUGCAAUAAAGCUGUGUGUGCUGCAAA